UGGGAGGCACGGGGAGCCCCAGCAACUUCUGAACGUCUCGGGGUCACGUUGCUCUAGGAGCUGGGUCGGGGGCGGCACCGAGCAUGUGGCGCUGGACCCGGGCCUGGAGGGGUCUCUGGGGGGUGGCCUUGGAGCCCCCACUGCCCUCUCGGGGGCCCAGCCUCCCUUGGGCCCCGGCCGCGCACGGGAGCAGCGGCCCCAGGCCAGUGCCCCUCUCCUACAAGCUGCUGGACUCCCAGGACACCCACCCGCCCCUGGUCUUCCUGCACGGCUUGUUUGGCAGCAAAAUGAACUUCCAGUCCAUCGCCAAGGCCCUGGGGCAGCAGACGGGCAGGAAGGUGCUGACAGUGGAUGCCCGGAACCAUGGAGAUAGCCCCCACAGCCCUGAUUCCAGCUAUGAGGCCAUGAGCGCCGACCUUCAGGCCCUCCUGCCCCAGCUUGGCCUGGCCCCCUGCGUCCUCAUCGGACACAGCAUGGGGGGCAAGACAGCCAUGAUACUGGCACUGCAGAGGCCAGAGCUGGUGGAACGCCUGAUCUUGGUGGAUAUCAGCCCGUUGCCAACCACGGCCAUCUCAGACUUCUCUUCCUACUUGGCAGCCAUGAAGUCCAUGCAAAUCCCCAAGGAGCUGCCCCUCUCUCAGGCCCGCAAAGUGGCACACGAGCAGCUCAGUCAUAUCAUCAAGGACGUCGCUGUACGGCAGUUCCUCCUCACCAAUCUGGUGAAAACCAACGGGCAGUUCAUGUGGAGGGUCAACGUCGAGGCGCUAACCCAGCAGAUGGACAAGAUCAUGGACUUCCCCCGGCUCCAGAAAUCCUACCCUGGGCCCACACUCUUCCUCAGUGGUGCUAACUCCGAAUUCAUCCAGCCGAGUCACCAUCCUGAGAUCAAGCGUCUGUUCCCGCAAGCCCAGAUCCUGUCUAUCCCAGGGGCCGGCCACUGGAUCCAUGCCGACCAACCCCAGGACUUCAUGGCCAGUGUUAAACGCUUUCUGUCCUAGCAGUCGGUUGGCCUCCCUCUCCCCAUCUCCACCAGUUCUCGAGCACUCAGAGGACCCUGGAGACCAGGGAGAGCUUCCUGCUGGUGAAUCAGGAAGCUUCCAGGCCCCAGUGGGCACCACAAGCAGUGUUUCAGACUUUAACCAAUAAAAGUGUUCCCAGCCCUCUCA